UUAAGAGCUCUCUCUCUUUCUUCAAGAUUUCACCAUUGACAGACAUAUGGAGUCCACUACACAAAAUAGUGCCGGGAUUUUAUCUCAUGGGUUCUCUUCCAUUAAAGCAACACCGGGAAAGAUCAAAGAGAAGUGCAUUGAAGUUGCAAAGAACACCAAGAAAACAUGGCAAGAUGAUCCGAGACGAGCCAUCCACUCCAUCAAGGUUGCUUUGGCUCUCACUUUGGUCUCUUUGUUCUACUAUUUCAGACCUUUGUACAAUGGAUUUGGUUCAUCUGGUAUCUGGGCGGUUCUCACAGUUGUUGUUGUCUUUGAGUUCACAGUUGGGGCAACCCUAUCUAAGGGCAUGAAUAGAGGGUUUGCCACCUUCUUAGCUGGUGGGCUUGGCAUUGGAGCAAUAUACAUAGCCAAGCUGGCUGGACACAAAGGGGAACCCUUUCUUCUAGGAGCUUCAGUCUUCUUCUUAGCUGGGGCAGCAACAUUUUCAAGGUUUUUCCCUAACAUAAAGAAGAAAUAUGAUUACGGUGUCCUGGUCUUCAUCCUCACGUUUAGCAUGAUAGCAGUUUCGGGUUAUAGGGUUAAUGAGAUCUUGAAUCUAGCAAACCAGAGGAUAUGGACAAUCUUGGUUGGUGGUGCCAUUUGUAUUAUCAUAUCUAUAUUUGUUUGUCCUGUUUGGGCCGGAUCAGAUCUUCAUAAUCUUGUCGCCGGUCAUAUCCAGAAUCUUGCUAACUUUUUGGAAGUGUUUGGAGGUGAGUAUUUUGCAGAUGUUUCGGCAGAUGAAGACAAGAAUCAGAGUAGUGAUGGUGUUAAAGACUGUAAGGAAAUUAACUCGUUUCUUGAAGCUUAUAAAACUCUGCUCUCUUCAAAAGCCACCGAAGAAUCCUUGGCCAAUUUUGCAUGGUGGGAACCUGGUCAUGGAAGUUUCUUAUUUCGACACCCAUGGAAACAAUACUUAAAAGUUGCGGGAAUUGCAAGAAAAUGUGCUUACCAUAUUGAAGCUUUGAGUGGUUAUAUUUACUCUGAGAAUAAUCCAACAGAGUUCCGAAAAUGUAUAAGAGAACCUUGCGUCAAGAUGAUUUUUGAGUCGAGCAUGGCCCUAAAAGAAUUGGCCUCAUCGUUAAAGAUCAUGAAGAGCCCAUCGCCCACAACUAAAGCCAACAUCGAGAACUGCAAAGCAUCUAUAGUCGAACUGAGACUCAUUGUGCUGGAUGCCUCUUCCAAACUAGCUAUAAAAAACAUUCUUGAUGUGAUACCCGAGAUAACUGUAACAUCAAUCCUAAUCGACAUUGUUGAAUGUGUCGAAAUGAUUGUAGAUGCAGUAAACGAAUUGGCAUGUAAAGCUCAGUUUAAAAAAGCCAAGGAACUAACAAUUGCAGCCAAGAAUGCGGAUAAGUUAUUGCAUAGGGGAAUAGUAAAGCCAGUGAAUGAAGGUGAUGAGAGUAGAAGCAAUGGAAUUCAUGAUGUUGUGAUAGUUGUAGAAGAUGGUCUUCAUCAGGUGCCAAAAGAUACUGGUCCAAUAUAG